CUGAAUUUAAGUAAUAAGUGGAAACAACAAUCUGCGUGUGUGAUUCAUAAAGUCAAUUUUUUAAUUUUGUACAACUAAUAACUCAUUACCUAUUUACUGUUGUAUUUGCGUUUUUGAGCAGGACUUUUAUUUUGGUGCGGUGAUGUUGUGUCAUAAGGCUGCGCCGCGCUCCUGCAUCUGUGAUUCGGCUGAAGAAAGUAUCAAACCACACAGAAAAAAAACUCCUGGUGAAGCAACUGAGAUCCACAUGACACACUAUUAUAAAGAUGGCUUUUAUUAAAGAGGAGAGUGAAGACUUCAGGAUUGAAGAAGUAUUCAGUCUGAAACAAGAAGAUACUGAGGAUCAAACAGACCUAAUUGAGGAGAGUCAAGAGCUGAAGGAUUUGGAAGAGAAAGAGCAGAAUGAGAAAAAUCAUGAUUUAAAAAUUGGAGAAAAGAAGAUGAAAUCUAAUAGUUUUUUUACCUGCCGUCAUUGUGGAAAGAGUUUCAAUCGAAAACAAAACCUUGCGCUCCACAUGAGGAUUCACACUGGAGAGAGACAUUUUAUCUGUAAACAGUGUGGAAAGAGUUUCACUCAAAAAGGAAACCUUAAAAUUCACAUGAGAAGUCACACUGGAGAAAAGCCUUAUACUUGCUCUCAGUGUGGACAGAGGUUUGCACAUAAAGGCAACCUUAAUUCCCACAUGAGAACUCACAGUGCAGAGAGCUUGUUCACCUGCCAACAGUGUGGAAAGAAUUUCCCUCAAAAACAAAACCUGGCAGUCCACAUGAGGAUUCACACUGGAGAGAAGCCUUACACUUGCACUCAGUGUGGAAAGAGUUUUGCUUAUAAACAUACUCACAGUAGCCACAUGAGAAGUCACACAGGAGAGAAGCUCUUCACAUGUGAUCAAUGUGGAAAGAGCUUCACGACAGAACAAAGCUGUAGAUACCACAUGACCAUUCACACCGGAGAGAAACAGUUCAUAUGUGGUCAGUGUGAAAGGAGUUUCACACAUAAAGUAAGCCUUAAUCGCCACAUGAGGAGUCACCUAGGAGAAAACCAUUUUAUAUGUCAUCUUUGUGGAAAGAAUUUUAGUCAUAAAUGUAGCCUCAAAAUUCACAUGAGAGUUCACACUGAAGAUAAUUCCUUCACCUGCAAAUCUGAGUGAACGUUCACACUGCUGCUGAGUGUGGGCCAAAUCUGAUUGUACACCUUCACCUCUUCACCUGAAUUGAAUAGAAAAGGAAUAUAGAACAAAUUUGUAUAUUUGUGUGUGUGUAUAUAUAUAUAUAUAUAUAUAUAUUUUUUUUUUAAUAUAUGAAAUAUUGUCUAGACCUCCACUGGUGACUUUAAUUGAAUACCCCUGGUAUAGAGGCAUCAUUCCAUUUCAUAUAUUGAUAACUUGGAAUCAAAAUAAUUAAACUUAGGUCAUGCUGUGAAGUGCCACACUGUAUAACUGAAUGAUAAUAUAAAUGAUGGUCAUAUAAAGAAAAUGACAAGCUGAAUGAAAUAAAGAACUUUACACAACAUUUUCUGAUUCAUCUUAGUGAGAGAAUGUACUUGUAAUGUACUCAUCUGAUGACAUCUGGAAGGUACCUCUGUAAAGUUGGCACCCCAUAAAAAAUAAUCACCAAAACUAUGCCAUUCGUUUGUGCCAAUUUGUGCCGCAAAAAUGAACGUUUGUGCUCGUUUGGUGUUUGAGAUAUUAAACAUUAUUUUUAUGACCGUGUGACAUCACUCUCCACCCCGUGUUGCCCAAAUCGCUCGGUUUGUGCCGUUAAAACAAACACUGUCUAUUUUCCUUCCUUAGAUAUAACCAAAAUGUUGUUAGCGGUUCAUAAGAUCAUUUAGAAAGUGUAAGUAAAUGAUUAAUAAACUAUUUAAAUGUACACACAUGAUAAUAGUUGCUCAGUGUGUUAAUAAAUGCUUUAUUAACACAUAUUCCUGCUGUAAUUCAUGAUUAAAUCAGGUAGUUAUAAAACAUUUAGUAGUUGCCAGCCAUCUAUUUUUGUGAGCUCAUCUAAAGUGAGGACUAUUUAUACCUUAUAAAAGCAUUUACAAAGGAG